AAAAAGUCCCUCUUUUUCCCCCCUUCUCUCAACUCUCUCCGUGUUCAACUCGCGUGCCCGAGCAGUCAGCCAGAGAGAGAGAGAGAGAGAGAGAGAGAGAAUCAGAGAGGGUCCCUUUUUCUUUUAUCUUUCUUCGAUUUUGUAUUCAAUCUAAUAAACUUGCUGGGUCUAAAGCCACCAAUUUGAAGUCUCAAAGCCCUUUCAUUUCUUCUUCAUCGUCAUCGUUUUAUUUUUCUAAUCGGAUCUCAAUCUCCAUAUCGUUGUUUGAUCCUUUGAAUAUCGCUGUUUUUUUCCGGUUGACUCUUGUGGGUUUUUUUUUUUUUUCCUCUCUUGAGGUUUACGUCGUUCAGGAAGCGGGAUUGGGCGAGACUCUAUUGAGGAUUUUGCGGUGAUGAAUGAUGUUGACCUCAUUGGUUUGGUCGUGAAGUAGUAUGGAAGUUGUUGUUGCACACCAAAACGAUGACGCUUUACAUUGGUCGCGAGGCUUCCAAGCUAUGGAAAAGAGUUUGCGCAGAGACGUCGACAGAGAUCAAUCUUCUUUUAGAGAACUGGAAAUACCUUCUCGCCGGUCUCCUUUUUCAGUAUGUACAUGGUCUGGCUGCCCGAGGAGUUCAUUAUCUUCAUCAACCCGGGCCAUUACUUCAGGAUGUUGGGUUCUUUCUUCUUCCGGAGCUUGGGCAAGACAAAGCAUACAUCAGUGAGACUCUGUUCACCUUCAUUUUUAUGUCUUUUAUCUUGUGGAGCUUCCAUCCAUUCAUCUUGAAGGGCAAAAAGAUCUACACAGUUUUAGUUUGGUGCAGGGUUCUAGCAUUUUUAGUUGCUUCUCAAAUUCUGCGGAUCAUCACAUUCUAUUCUACCCAGCUUCCUGGUCCAAACUAUCAUUGUCGUGAGGGUUCAAAACUUGCUAGGCUGCCUCGUCCUGACGGAGUACUUGAAGUCCUCUUGAUUAACUUUCCUCGGGGCACAGUUUAUGGUUGUGGCGAUUUGAUUUUUUCAUCGCACAUGAUUUUUACUCUAGUCUUUGUGCGAACAUACCAGAAAUAUGGCAUGCGAAGGUGGAUGAAACAGUUUAUUUGGUUUCUUGCUGUGGUCCAGAGUUUUUUGAUUGUAGCAUCCCGCAAACAUUACACGGUUGACGUCGUUGUUGCAUGGUAUACUGUUAAUUUGGUUGUGUUCUUUAUAGACAAGAAAUUGCCAGAAAUGCCUGAUCGUACUGGAGCAACAUCAUUAUUGUUACCCUUGAACAUCAAGGACAAGGAUAGCAGGACCAAAGAAGAGAAUCAUAAGCUCUUGAAUGGAAACUCAGGAGACCCUGCAGAUAGGCAUUACAUGCUUUCUAGAGGUUGAGAACUCAACUCAAUGGCAAGACUUUGGAAGAUGGAAACACAGGCCAUCUUGACGCUGCAAUGAAUGGAAGUGUAUAGAUAGUAGAGAAGCUGAAGCUGAAGCCGCUGCAAGGACAGGAACUACUACUACAAGGACUGCUGGUUAGAUUAUCAUGCUCUGUAAGGAGCCUAGUUGAUCGUCUGGUGGGCUGUUAUUCCAAUGUUACUGGUAACUAAAUUUCUAUUCCAGCGGAAAUGGGAUUUGGCUUGUGGUUUUUGCUUCCAUUUAUGUUCUAGUUAACAUAAUUUAAUAUCAGCAUCGGCUUGUACCUUUUGAA